UCUUCCUAACAUACAGCGACCGAGCGAAAAGAUAUACUACUACGUGUGAUGUCCCUCUCUACUACAGAGAGAGGGAGUGAUUAACUGUCAGUUACUGUCAGCGUCGACUGUGAUCAGUGGAAAUAGGUUAGAGGUGUGCAAAACUUCGCAUGAAUAGAGCCGGGGUGAGCGACGUACAUCUCUGAGAGGUCGUACAACACAAGCGAGGAUCUAGAUAGGAGGGAACGACACCCACUGAGAUCCUCCUAAGCAGAAAACCGCAGAAGAAGAAGUGACAGUGGAGGAAGGAUGGACUCCAUCUCUAUGAUGGGCGGCAGCAGGAGCCCCGUGUUCCUCACAGCCCCGUCCUCCCACCACCACCUCCGACACGCCCAGGCCUGUUUCCUGCCUAACGGCAUGAAGAGCGGAGUGGGAGGUGCAGAGGCCGCCUGUUGUCUGUCCCCCCGGCCCACAGUGGCCAUCCUGGGCUCGGGUGACUUCUCCAAGUGCCUGACCAUCCGCCUGCUGCGCUGUGGCUUCCACGUGGUGGUGGGCAGCCGCCAUCCCAAACAGGCAGCCCAGUCGUUCCCUCACGUGGUGGAUGUGACGUACCAUGAGGACGCCGUGGGGAAGGCUAGCAUUGUGUUCCUGGCAGUCCGCCGGGAGCACUACUCUUUCCUGUGGGACCUCAAGCACCUACUGGAAGGUAAGAUCCUGGUUGAUGUGAGUAACAACAGGAAGGUGAACCAGUACCCAGAGUCUAACGCUGAGUAUCUGGCCUCACUGCUGCCAGACUCCUUCACGGUCAAAGGCUUCAACGUCAUCUCAGCCUGGGCCAUGCAGCAGAGCUGCCCCAAAGACGCCAGCACACAGGUGUUCAUCUGCAGUGACUCCAUGGAGGCUCGACAGCAGAUUAUGGAAUUAGCCCGCCGGCUCGACUUCCUGCCGGUGGAUAUGGGCACCCUGUCUUCUUCGCGGGAUAUUGAGAAGAUUCCCAUCCAGUUAUUCCCUGGCUGGAAGGGCCCCGUUCUCGCCGCCGUGGCCCUCUCCAUCUUCUUUUUCGCUUACUCUUUUGUACGAGAUAUCAUCCACCCUUAUGUGAAAUACAAGCAAAGCGACUUCUACAAGAUCCCCAUAGAGAUUGUGAACCGGACGCUGCCCACUGUCGCCAUCACUCUCUUGGCCCUGGUGUACCUGGCGGGCCAGCUAGCGGCCGCCCACCAGCUCUACUACGGCACCAAGUACAGGCAUUUCCCUCACUGGCUGGAGGGCUGGCUGCAGAGCCGCAAACAGCUGGGCCUCCUCAGCUUCUUCCUGGCUGCUGUCCACGUUCUCUACAGCCUCUGUCUGCCCAUGAGGAGGUCUGAGAGGUACCUGCUGCUCAACACUGCCUACCAGCAGCUCCAUGCUAAUGUGGAGAACUCGUGGAACGAGGAGGAGGUGUGGAGGGUGGAGAUGUACGUCUCCUUUGGGAUCAUGAGUCUCGGGCUCCUGUCGCUGCUGGCCGUCACCUCCAUCCCCUCCGUCCACAGCACGCUCAACUGGAGGGAGUUCAGCUUCAUACAGUCCACUCUGGGCUACAUCGCCCUGCUCAUCGCCACCUUCCACGGCCUGCUGUUCGGCUGGAAGCGAGCCUUCGAAGAGGAAGCCUACCGUUUCUACCUGCCGCCCAGCUUCGUGGUGGCCCUGGCCCUGCCGGUGUGCGUCAUACUGGGGAAGGUGCUGAUGCUGCUCCCCUGCGUGGCCCGCAAGCUCCACCAGAUCCGCCGAGGCAUGGACAGCAGUCGGUACCGGUGCCAGCGCCUGGAGCCGGUGGGCUCGGCCGCCCACGUUUCACCCGAGAGAGUCACCAUCAUGUGAUCGAGCUGUCUGCUCCUGUAUGGGGGUUUCACAUAUACUGCCAAUGAUUCUCAUAUCAUUCUUACUUUGUUACUGCCAACACUUCUUGCUGACAUUGUGUACUUAUGAGCUGUUACGAGUCACUAUAUCUACCGACCUUGUAUGACUAUUAUCUUACAGUUUGUCCAUCUAAAUUGUAAAAUGGAAUAUUCUUCCCUUGACUGUAUCUUGUCAACAUCUCACCAAUACUUUGUAAAAUAACACUGAGAUACUGAGUGUUUGUCAUGACUUUAAAGGGAAACUCCACCAGUUGUACUCGUUGUACUGAGCCUGUUAAAACAGUUAUUAAUAAUAAUAAUAACAAUAAUAGUAAUAAAGUCUUCUGUGGCUCUGGGGAGUGAUGUCGAUGAGGAUGGAGACGACAGAUGUGUGUUUACCAGGCGGGGGGUGGUGUAACCAACAGACAGGAUGUGUUUUUGACAUGUUUGGCCGUUAAUCUGUCUCUUGUCCCUCAAUUUCAUCGGAGUGCAAAACUAAAUUGCUGUAGUACUUCUUUGAUUAUGAAACAGUAUUUAUGUUGAUAAAUUUCAUAAAAUACAAAUUUCUUUU